UUUUCUUAUCUUGCCGAUAAAUCCACAAAGCAAGCUAUUCUGUUGCUCCCAGAUGUCAUUGGGCAUCAGUCCAUUGAUUCCCAGUUGAUUGCAGACCAGCCUACUGCAAAUGGCUAUUUUGUAGUCAUGCUUGAUCUGUUUCAUGGCGAUCCAGUGAAGCUGAAC